ACUUUCCCCCCAGGAAACAUCAGAGUCACACUUUGGAUUCUUCUUCCUGCCCACGUGACAGCUGGAAAGCCUCUGAUUCAGAUCUUUCUCCUCCACGGCUUAAACGUAAACAAAGUCCAGGGCCCCAGGAUUCUGGUUCAGAUUUAUCACCUCCACGGAAUAGGCCUAGACAUCGGAGCUCCGAUUCUGACCUCUCUCCACCAAGAAGGAAACAGAGGACCAAAUCUUCUGAUUCUGAUCUGUCUCCACCUCGAAGGAGUCGGCCUCCUGGAAAGGCUGCACACAUGUUGUCUGGAGCCAAAACGGGAUUGGUGUUAACAGAUAUACAGCAAGAGCAGCAAGAACUCAAGAAGCGGGACCAAGAAACCAUGGAAUUUGAAGCUGGAUUCCAGUAUGCUGAAACUGUGUUUCGGGAUAAGUCUGGUCGUAAGAGGAACUUGAAACUGGAACGUUUGGAGCAAAGGCGAAAAGCAGAGAAGGACACAGAGAGAGAUGAACUCUAUGCCCAGUGGGGAAAAGGGCUUGCCCAGAGUCGCCAGCAGCAGCAGAAUGUGGAGGAUGCAGUGAAGGAGAUGCAAAAGCCAUUGGCGCGCUACAUUGAUGAUGAAGACUUGGAUCGGAUGCUGAGAGAACAAGAGAGAGACGGAGAUCCCAUGGCUAACUUCAUUAAAAAGAACAAGGCCAAGGAGAACAAGAAUAAGAAAGUGAGACCUCGUUACAAUGGUCCGGCACCUCCCAACAGAUUCAAUAUCUGGCCUGGAUAUCGCUGGGAUGGAGUAGAUAG